ACUUGAAUUCGAGGGGGUGUUAACUCAAAUCUGCAAUCCAGUCUACUGACAUCUAACAGUGAAAUUUAUGCACACUAACUUUAAACUAACAUAAGCACUGAUACUCUGUACUGGCAGAUAUCUAAACCGGAUUGGUGCAUCCCCAUUUAAAAUGUAGCAAACUAAAAUUUAAACCUGAAGAAGAGAAAACACACUUCAAUAAUUCCUGGAUCAUCAGAUAGACCUGCAAUAUUCUGGGUUAAUAUAAAACUUUAUGCGGUAAAAUGUAAACGUAGAAGAUGAGUAACCUCUUCAUUCUUGCCAUCCUCGGGCAGUAUUGUUACAAUUUCCCUAUAGCGUGAUGUUAAGAAACAUGGAUAGAAUAUAAAGGAUCCUGAUGUGAUCUCAUUACAUACAUUCUUAGGUUACCCAAAGAACAACAUUUUCUGUCUCUUAACCAACUCUACCUCUGUCGUCAGACGCAGAUGGGCACUCCUCCCCCCCUCUCAGUUGCGAGUCCUCUAGCACAGCCGGGUUCAGCUGGCACUCCCAGUGGGGUCCCUCCAGUAGGGCCAAUGGGGCCUCAAAGCGUGGGUGGUGGAGGUCCCAACUCAGCUGUCGGAGCCCCUGCCUCAUCAAUGACUCCAUCUAACACAAACCAGCAACCCAACUCCAACCCUCAUUUGGGGGCCAUGCGUGGCAGCUCACCCUCUCCUGCUCACAGCCGAUCACCUACUCCCCACCAGACGCCCCCCAGGCUUGCUGGGUCGCAGACGCCACAACCACACACCCCUAAUGCAUCACAUUUGGUGCCACCCCCAGCUCCUCAGCAGAACCAGCUUGGUCAGGGUCCUGGCUCCAACAAGCCCCUCCAGCAGCAACACAUGGGGCCUGCUGGUUCAACCACUCCAUCUCAUCCUGGAAUGGCCUCCAGUUCAACACCGCAUGGCAGUCAGCUGCCACGUACUCCGUUAUCCCAGAAGGGCUCGUUCCCAGCCGACAGUCAGGCCCCGACCCCAGCUUCUGUCAGCAGUCUAGACACCUCGUCCCAGCAACCGGCGUCAGACACUUCAGCCACCAAUGUGGACACGAAGAUGGAGGUCAAACAUCAGGAUGAGGAGGACGAGAGCGAUGCUGGGAGCUGCUCCAAAGGAGGGAAACUCGGCAACCUUAAAAUGGAGGAAAAACCUGUGAAAUCCGAACUUAAAAAAGAAGAGUGUUCUGGAGAAGGCGGUAAAGGAGUUCCUAUGGAAACGUCGACUACAACACAGGGGUCAGGAGUAAAGACGGAAGACAGAAAACCGGAGGUGAAGAAAGAGGUGAAGAAAGAGGUGAAAGAUGAAGAGGAGAACUCGGAGGCAGUCGUGUCGCAGGCCCCAGUGAAAAAGAAGAUCUUCAAACCGGAGGAGCUUCGUCAGGCCCUGAUGCCCACGCUUGAAUCUCUCUACAGACAAGAUCCAGAGUCUCUGCCCUUCAGAAUGCCUGUUGAUCCUCAACUGCUCUGCAUACCUGAUUACUUUGACAUUGUGAAGAACCCAAUGGACUUAUCAACCAUCAAGCGAAAGCUAGACACAGGUCAGUACCAGGAGCCCUGGCAGUACGUGGAAGACAUCUGGCUGAUGUUCAACAAUGCCUGGCUGUACAAUCGCAAAACCUCACGAGUCUACAAGUACUGCUCCAAGCUGGCUGAGGUUUUUGAACAGGAGAUCGACCCUGUGAUGCAGAGUCUUGGCUACUGUUGUGGGAGGAAGCUGGAGUUCUCUCCUCAGACGUUGUGCUGCUAUGGAAAGCAGCUGUGCACUAUCCCCCGAGACGCUGCAUACUUCAGCUACCAGAACAGUUCACCAAAAUUUGGGCUUCUUGCUAACAGGUACCACUACUGUGAAAAGUGUUUCAACGAGAUCCAGGGAGAGACCGUUUCCCUGGGUGACGACCCCACCCAGCCACAGACAUCAAUAAGCAAGGAUCAGUUUGAGAAGAAGAAGAACGACACACUGGACCCUGAGCUGUUUGUUGAAUGUAUGGAUUGUGGUCGGAAGAUGCAUCAGAUAUGCGUCUUACACAAUGAAACGAUCUGGCCAGAAGGUUUUGUAUGUGAUGGCUGCUUAAAGAAGUCGAAUAAGGCGAGGAAGGAAAACAAGUAUUCUGCCAAAAGGUUGCCCCAAACGAAGUUGGGGGUUUUUCUGGAGCAAAGGGUGAACGACUUCUUAAAGCGACAGGCCCACCCAGAGUCUGGAGAGGUCUUCAUUCGUGUUGUUCAUGUAUCUGAUAAAGUCGUGGAGGUCAAACCAGGCAUGAAGUCCAGAUUUGUGGACAGCGGCGAGAUGUCCGAGUCAUUCCCAUACAGGACUAAAGCCCUUUUUGCAUUCGAGGACAUUGAUGGAGCAGAUGUCUGUUUCUUUGGUAUGCAUGUUCAGGAGUAUGGAUCUGACUGCCCUCAGCCCAACCAGAGGCGAGUGUACAUCUCCUACCUGGAUAGCGUACACUUCUUUCGGCCGCGCUGUCUAAGAACAGCAGUUUACCAUGAAAUACUCAUUGGCUACUUGGAGUACGUGAAGAAAUUGGGCUACACCACCGGCCACAUCUGGGCCUGCCCACCUAGCGAAGGCGACGACUACAUCUUCCACUGUCACCCUGCAGAUCAGAAGAUCCCGAAGCCCAAACGCCUUCAGGAGUGGUACAAGAAAAUGCUGGAUAAAGCUGUGGCAGAACGGAUAGUGCAUGACUACAAGGAUAUAUUCAAGCAGGCUACAGAGGAUCGUUUGACCAGUGCCAAGGAAUUGCCUUACUUUGAGGGGGACUUUUGGCCUAAUGUGCUGGAGGAGAGCAUCAAGGAGCUGGAGCAGGAGGAGGAGGAGAGGAAAAGGGAGGAGAACAGCACUUCCAAUGAGAGUGUUGAUGACACAAAAGGAGACAGCAAAAAUGCAAAGAAGAAGAACAACAAAAAGACUAGUAAGAACAAGAGCAGCCUGAGCCGAGCCAAUAAGAAGAAGCCUGGGAUGCCUAAUGUGUCCAAUGACCUAUCACAGAAACUCUAUGCCACUAUGGAAAAACACAAAGAGGUGUUCUUUGUGAUUCGGCUGAUUGCAGGCCCAAUGGCAAAUGCCUUGCCCCCUAUUGCUGACCCAGAUCCCCUGAUGGCAUGUGACCUCAUGGAUGGUCGUGAUGCUUUCCUGACACUGGCCCGAGACAAGCACCUUGAAUUCAGCUCGCUGAGGAGGUCCAUGUGGAGCUCAACGUGCAUGUUGGUGGAGUUGCACAACCAAAGCCAGGACCGCUUCGUUUACACGUGCAAUGAGUGCAAACACCACGUGGAGACUCGCUUCCACUGUACUGUUUGUGAGGAUUACGACCUCUGCAUCACAUGCUACAACACUAAGGGACAUGAGCACAAGAUGGAGAAGUUAGGCCUCGGCUUGGAUGAUGAGAGCAGCAAUCAGUCUGCCGCUGCCACUCAGAGUCCCGGAGAUUCCCGUCGCCUCAGCAUCCAGCGCUGUAUCCAGUCGCUCGUCCACGCAUGCCAGUGCCGAAAUGCCAAUUGCUCUCUGCCGUCCUGCCAGAAGAUGAAACGUGUCGUUCAGCACACAAAAGGAUGCAAGAGAAAAACCAACGGUGGCUGCCCCAUCUGCAAGCAGCUUAUCGCAUUGUGUUGUUAUCAUGCUAAGCACUGUCAGGAAAACAAGUGCCCAGUCCCCUUCUGUCUAAAUAUCAAGCACAAGCUUCGCCAGCAGCAGCUGCAGCACAGGCUUCAGCAAGCUCAGAUGCUGAGAAGGAGAAUGGCCAGCAUGCAGAGAGUGGGCCAGCCCGCUGCCGGAGGAGCACCUGGGGGAAAUGGACAACCCUCUCCUGGAGCCAACAAUGGAGCUACUGGUCCUGGUACCCCUACAUCGGGAACGCAGCCCCCUACCCCACAGACACCUACCCAGGGUAACAUGUCUGCACCUUCCCAGCAGCAGGGGGUUGGGAUGGGUGGUAUGGGAACUCCAGGUGAGCAACAGCAAGGUGGUGGAAUUCCCCCUCAACACCAUCUCCACCAGUUUCCGUCAGCAGGUGGAGGGGGGAUGAUGAAUUCUCCUCAGCAGCAGAUGGUACCUCAGCUUCAGCAGCAGCCACCAAAUCUCCAGCAGCUCCAGCAGCAGCAGCAGCAACAUCCUGGUAGUUUGCCUCCCUACAACCCCAGACCAGCUGGAGUCCCUCCUCUUCAUCAGCCCCUUGGGAAACCUGGAAUGGGUCCAGCAACCCCUCCUCAGCAACAACCACCACCCAAUCAAGGCCAGGGGUCCAUGGGUGUCCAAGGCCAGCAGCAAGGGCCACCCCUGGCUGCUGUAGAGACGGCACUAAAAAUCCAGCGCCUGGCAGAGACCCAGAGACAGAUGGCUCAUGCCCAAGCACACAUGCGUGGCUUGGGACAGGGGGGCAUGAUACCUCCACAUCCUCACCAUCAGAACAACCAGGCCCAGAUGAGAAUGCCCCACAUUGGGGCCCAGGGCAUGCCGCUCCAGGCUCAGGGAGUUGAUGGAAGGACUAUGUUAGAUCCACAGCAACCAGGAACGCUAGCAGGGAUGCAACAGGGUGGUCCUCCGUCACAAUUGCCGCCUCAAGUUCAGCAGCAGGUCCAGCCAGGUGGACAGCUUCAGCCAACAAACCAGCAGUGGGGUGCUGGGGGACCAACCAUGAACCAACAACAACGGCCAAACAUGAUGGGUCAUAUGACACCACAGCAGCAGACAGCAGUUCCCCAACCACAGCAACAAAUGCUGAAUCAGCAGCAGCCUCAACCAGGAAACCGAGGGUUGAUGCAGGCAAUUGGAGGAGCAGGGGGGGUACCUGCUUCAUUAGUAGCUGGAUCGGGGAACUUGCCUCAGGCAGCACUACAAGAUCUCCUGCGAGCGCUACGGUCCCCAAGCUCAGUCUUGCAACAGCAGCAAGUCCUCAACAUCCUUCGUUCCAACCCAACGCUCAUGGCUGCUUUUAUUCGGCAGAGAGCAGCCAGGUAUCAAGGUGCUCAGGGUGGCCCUGGAGGAGCAGGCGGGCCUCCGCAAGGAGGUCCUGGAGGUGUGCGUUUCCAAGGAGCUGCUGGAGGUCUGCCUGGUGUAGGAGCGCCUGGAGCCAACCAGCUUGCCAAUAUGGAUGGACAACAGCAGGUUAAUGUGAACCAGGCAGGCCAGCCAGGGAUGAACAUACCUCAGGGUGGAGCAGGGGGAAGAAAUAUGCCCACCAUGGCUCAGCUUCAGCAGUUACAGCAGCGCCCGAUGUUGCCAGGAAACUUACAGCAACAACAGCAAAUGGCCACUUUGCAGCAGCAGCAGCAGCAACAACAACAACAGCAGCAGCCACAGGGAGCAAUGCAACCAGGUCAGCAAGGGAACAUGGCCAAUAUGACACCACAGUUCAGAGAGAUGUUUUUGAGAAGACUGCAGCAACAACAACAGCAACAAAUGGGGAACCACGGCCAGUUCCAGCAGCCUCAAGGACUCCAGCAGCAGCAACAAGGCCAGCAAAGCUUCAUGCAGCCUGGCCAGGGACAGCCAGGGAUAACCCCAUCUUCUCAACCCCAACCUGGGGGUGGUGUAGGGGUUCCCCAGCAGCAAGGACCACCACCAGGUGGGCCAGGACAGCUAGGCCAGCAAGGCUAUCAGAUGUCACAAGUAGCUGCAGUGCUCCAGCACAGGCUGAUGCAGCAGCAGCAGCAGCAAAAUCAAAUGGGUGGUCUUCAAGGACAAGAUGGAGGACCUCCACUCCAGCCUGGACAAGGUGGAUCAGGGCCAGGGCAACAACCGCAGAGUGGUGCAGGUGGUGGCCCUCCAAUGCCACAGACGUCCCAAGCCAUGCUUGCCCAAAAUAUCCAGCAGAGGCUCCUGCAGCAGCAGCAACAGCAGCACCUUGGAGGGGGUUCUCCAGCCCACCAUAGCAGUCCUAUGAGUCCCCAGCAGCAGAUGGCCCAGUCCCCCCAUCACCACCUACAGGGACAAGGAGGACUCGGUCCAGCUGGAUCGCUCAGCAGUCAGGUCCGGUCCCCUCAGCCCUCACCAAGGCCACAGUCGCAGCCUCCACGCUCCAGCCCGUCCCCACGCAUGCAGCCUUCCUCCCAGCCUCAGCCCUCACCUCACCGCAUCUCCCCUCAGACCCAGAGUGGGUCGCCCCACCCAGGGCAUCUCAGUCAACAUUACUCCAACAUGGCACCACCCCAACCUCCACAACCCCAGCAACAGCAGCCAGGUAGUUCUGUAGAUCCUAGUCAGUACAAUUCGGACCAGAACUCUAUUAUGUCUCAGCUGAGUGGGAUGACGGGGAUGCACGGUGGACAAGGGGGGCAGUCAGACAUGUUGGGUGGGAACAACAACAGCGGCGGCAGCAACAACAACAACAACCAGGAGCUGGGAACGAACAUUAACCACAACCUGAUGUAGCCUUGACUCUGUACUGUCUCUCUCCGUCGUGAUGCUCUGAUCUGUUGCCCCAAAUGACAAACUGCCAUGAAAGGAGAGCGGGGCAGCUUUGGGGUUUUAGAAGUUUUUAUUUUUUAUUUAAAUAUUUUUCUGAUGUAUAAAUAUGAACUGAAAGCUUCCUUCCUAUGGGAGAUGCAACAUCAAUCUUAGAAGUCAAUAAUUGAAUAAAUUAAAACAAUGGUAAGUUAUUGCUGUUAAUAAAUAUCUAUAUAUUUUUGCCAAUUGUGUACAAAAAAGGUGGAAGGUCAGUGUUUCAGGUUGAAGAUAUUACUUCUUUAAGUAUAUGACAAUAUUUUUGGGGACUGAGAAUUUUUGCCUUUUUAUGAAUAUUUUUAAGAUUUCAAAUGUUGCUAAAAAUGAGAGUUGACAUGAUGUACUUUUUUUUUUUUUUAAUCCUUUAUUUUUUCUCCUCAAAUACCCAUCAUGAUUGUAUCUAUUUUGCAGAGUACGUUUAUUUUAUUUCUAUAUUAUUAUAAUUAUUAUUAUUUCGUGCCCUCGGCGAUUCGUUAAUCAGGCAUCAACAUAUCUUCCGUUACCCGACCCUUCUUCUGGACACACAAACGUAGAUUUUUUCCAGUGACUGCAGCGAUUCAGAAGUAUAUUUAUUGGGUUUGUAGGUGGUUAGGAAGGUGUGUUCAAUGCAGUUUGAUUAAUUUUUUACAUUUUUUGACAGCUAUCCCAGGUUUGUCUUCGUCAGGGUUUCUAUAAUUUGAAUUAAACCGUAAGAUCUUUUGUUUUUGUUUUUUUCCUUAUGGGGCCGCCUCUUCGCACUUCUCCUGUGAAUGUGCACACUUUCUUCAUCUUAACUUCUCCUGCUCCACAACCUGCGUACUAUAUACCUGUAUUAUAGCUGUUGAAGCUCGCUGAUGAUUUAAAAAAAAAGAAAAAAGAGGUUGUGUGUACAUAUAUUACAGCUGCAUUUAUGAACAGUAACCUGGAGAAGAGGUCGCUAAAAACCCGCCUUUAUCCCGAACCCCAACGGUUUUCCUUACAUCCUUAUCCUCCCCCUAUCCCACACCCUCACGACUGCCUCUCAGCCACAAGGUUUAAUUCACUGUUAGUACUGUACAAAUUAAGAAAUGGUGGACUUGGAUACUGUUUUUGUUUGUUUUUUCUUUUGUAAUGAAAGUGAAAGAUGUAAAAUAAGUGUACAUACUUUAAAAUCUUAUGAGCAGAGACAUUUUCUGCUGUUGUUUCCUCUUGUUUGAUUGAAUAUUUGCUUGUAUGUGUUUGAAAAAAAGUGCUCCUGAGCUACUGUACAGUAUUGUUUUGUUUUGUUUUCUAUAAUGUACAGUAUGGGGUGUAGUCGGUCACAAGCACCAAUGCGCCUUUUUCUGUGUAAGGUUUUAGGGAGGCUAUAGCAACCGAGUCACACACCUAAACAAUCUCAGCAGUUAAGACAGGAAACCUGUACGACGAUGAGCCGAAGCUGGGGUCGGUUAGAGGUGUGACUUAAGAGUUCAAAUUUGGUCAUUUAGCUUUUUAUGGAGAGGACUGAAGACACAAUAUUCACAUGCUCACUAUUUUUCUUAAAGGUCGGGCUUGCUGGGUAUGGGGAAGGGAACGCAUCAGAAACCAGGUGGCAAUAUAUCUUGAGACUUAUUUUAUAAGAAAAAAAAAAAACAAGGAAAAACUGUCUUUUAUAAAUAGAUAUAUUAUUUAAUUUUAUUUUUUGGAAAUAAAACUUGAAGCUACAGGAAUUAAUAGAUAAAACAUGCUUUGUUUUUGUAUUAAAGAUGUUAUGGUGAUGCAAAAAGAACCUGCAGACAGUCUUUCAGUUCGCCUGGGGAGGCCUUGGAGUAUAUUAUACCAUCCUUUUUUUUCUUUUCUUUUUGGUUGUUUUGAAGAAAUGUUUCAUGUACAUGAAUAUAGUUGUAAACAUACUGAAUCACUGUACAAACUGAUGGCAACUGAACAAAUAGUUUUGUUUUUAUCAUUUCUUUUUCCUAAAGAGACUGGAAGUAAGACUAUUUAAAUAUUUGUUUAGUAUUCAAAUGGAAUCUUUGACCACUCUCUUCUCUUCUCUUCUCUUUUUUGUUCUUGUUAACAGUUUUGGUGCUUGCUGAGAGAAAGCAAAAAUAACUGUUGCUCCAUUUUCAUUAGUUUCUUUUAAGUUAUUUCGGUGGUCUGAUUGUUUUUGUUUUUGCCAAUAAAUUAAUUGUACAAUAAAGUAUGUUUGUACCAUUGGGAAAAAA